ACCACCUCACCCUUUCCUCUCCUCCUCUCUCCUCCAGGCUCCCUCCUCUCCUCUUGAUCCAUCUGCAUACCCCUCUCGCUUACCUAACCGGAACAAAUCAUAUCCAUUCCACCCACACCACAUCUUAUCAUCUCCAUCUACCUUAGUAUUGAAGCUAACCCAACCAAGAAACCACUAUUCAUUCAUUCUUUUUAUUUUCAAUUUAACAAUCAAUAACACCAGGGGAAUCAAACCCAACCAAUCAUUCAAAAAGAAAAGAAUAUAUUAAAAGAAAAAGAAAGAAUAAUCAUGUCUGAUCGAGGCUCCUUCCGAGGUCGUGGCCGCGGAGGAGGCUAUGACCGUCGUCCCCGUGGCGGUGCGGGUGGUGGCGGUGCCCACCACCAACAUCAGCAACAGCAGGAGAAGCCCAAGAAGGAGAAUAUCCUCGACCUGACCAAGUAUAUGGACAAGGAGGUGCGCGUCAAGUUCAAUGGUGGGAGAGAGGUCGUCGGCUUGCUCAAAGGCUACGAUCAACUUAUGAACCUGGUCCUUGAUGAUGUGAAGGAAUCUAUGCGAGACGACGAGGGUAAUGAGAACACCCGCUCGCUGGGUCUGAUCGUCGCCCGCGGCACCCUGAUCGUGCUGAUCUCGCCGGCAGAUGGCAGCGAGGAGAUUGCCAAUCCGUUUGUGCAGCCAGAGGAAUAGCCUCGUCUUCCUGAACUGGGAAGAAUGCGUCUCUCCACCCCGUCUUGGGAAGCAGUGUUGGAGGGUACUUAUCAACCUCAAGAUGUAUUCAAGACAAUAAUUAAUGAAUCACGAGUCA